CGUCCAUAUGUGAGUUGAUGCUGGUCAAACUUUCAAAGCCUUCAGUUUUCUCAGCGGUAUCAGCUGGAGAGCAAGCGAAAGAAAGGACGCCUGUAUCACUGAGCUACUUUUAAAAGGUGGAUGAAAGAAACUGAUGGACGUGAAAUGUAAUAAACAACUGGUUACCCUGCACGGACAGUCAGAAUGGUCGAGCUUUACAGAUAAUAGAGAGAAAAUCACACGUGUUUCCCUGCGUAAGGAUCCGGUGUGAGACAACAGAUUUGUAUUGCGCGUUACACUUCAGCGUGUUUGGAGACGCUUUCAUCGGUCAAGUCAUGUCCAUUGAAUUUCGGAUAUUGAUGUUCGGGAUCGGGACUGCCCUGGUUAUAUUUGUUAUCAUAGCAGAUAUGUCGGAAGUGGAAGAAGAAAUCGCGAGCAUUGAGGAUUCACAAAAAUUCCACUUUAAAAGUUUUGUCCUUCAGCCUAACAGAACUUCAAGUCUAAAUGCUGCCCCUACUUCACUAGUCAGCAACAGAAAAGACACAGUUUCACUGCCACAUAUAGAAAGCAAAAACAACAACCUCUCGUCAUCCGAAUGGACUUUCAACAGAACCUUGUCCAACCUCAUCAGGAAAAACAUCUUGAGGUUCUUGGAUGCCGAGAGGGACAUCUCAAUUCUAAAGAGCACCUUUAAACCUGGGGAUGUCAUUCAUUAUAUAUUUGACCGCCAGAGCACCACAAACAUAUCUGAGAACCUGUAUCACCUCUUGCCGACAACAUCCCCCAUGAAGAACCAGCAUCACAAACAAUGUGCCAUCGUGGGGAAUUCUGGGAUAUUACUAAACAGCAGCUGUGGUCCAGAGAUUGAUUCACAUGACUUUGUCAUUAGGUGUAACUUGGCUCCAGUGGAGGAGUAUGCAGCGGAUGUGGGCCUGCGGACCAGUCUAGUGACUAUGAAUCCUUCUGUGGUGCAGCGUGCCUUCCAGGACCUGAACAGUGAGGAGUGGGUCGAGCGUUUCGUUCACAGACUCCAGAGCCUUAGUGGAAGUGUCCUGUGGAUCCCUGCCUUCAUGGCCAAAGGUGGAGAGGAGAGAGUGGAGUGGGCCAUCCGUCUCAUUCUUCUUCAUACUGUGAACGUCCGCACCGCCUUUCCUUCCCUGCGUCUGCUGCAUGCCGUCCGAGGGUACUGGUUGACCAAUCAUGUCCAGAUCAAGAGGCCGACCACCGGACUACUAAUGUACACAUUGGCUACACGCUUUUGUGAUGAGAUCCACCUAUAUGGCUUUUGGCCCUUUGCUAAUGAUCCUGAUGGGAAACCAGUUAAGUAUCACUAUUACGACACGUUAACUUACAGGUACACUUCAAGUGCCAGUCCCCAUACGAUGCCUCUGGAAUUCAGGACUUUAAGUGCUCUUCACAGACAGGGGGCGCUGCGACUGCACACCGGACCAUGCAAACCUCCAACGUGAGCUUUGCUUUUACAACAUUAGAUGGUACUCCUGUCUUGGUGUUGUGGUAAAAUGAUCAUGUCACACACUGGAUAAAGCUGAGAACCUGUGGAUCUUAAUGUGACAAAAAGAGCUGUGAAAAUUUUCGAUUACCUGAAUAUUUCAGGUGAUUCUCUGGAUUCUUAUGACCAAACGUGACUUUGCAAUAUUUGGGCUGAAAGGGGAAUUUUUCAUAUAUAUAUUUUUUAAGUGUUUAACCUUGGUGGGCCAUUUUUGUCUCCAAAGUUUUAUUGCUUUUCCUCUAUCUGCUCUUAUUUUUCAUCACCUAUAAACUUUUUCAGCUUCUUUAACUUCUUAUUGUGAUACAUUAAAUGUCUCAUGGAUAUGUUUUAACCAUAAGAUGGAAGCAUAUCUUUGAGAGCCUUAGACUUUUGCUGUAAUUUUGUGUAUAAAAAGUCUGCAUUGAAUGUCAUUUUUUGUUGCCUUUAAAGUCUACGUGUCUGUUAAGCCUAUAGACACCAUGACUGAAUGUAUGACAGUCAUGUAAUUUUUUUUUAAGCCGUUUUAUGUAUUUGACUUUUUUGAACUGCAUUUUUUUUCACUAUGACAAUAAUGUAGUGCCUCAAGUAGGAAAAUAAAUGUUAUGCUGCAUCAGUACUCACUUGAUAAAGUUGCCUUAGAAAGAGUUGUAGUAAGUAAUGUUAAGUAGUGACAAUAAGCAGCUGUAAAAUGUACUCCGUUUCCAAGUCGUCUUAUUUGCUAAAGCUCUGAAAUGUGCGGCAGUGCUUGUAAUACAAGUGGAACAACCCUUGAGGUGUUUGCAUAGUCAGGCGGCUAUCACAGUGAAUAGAGACGCAUACUGAAUGCUAACUGUGGAGAUAAUGUAGCCAAAUCCAGGACGUACCCAGCUGUUCACACACUAGUGUGUACCCAAGGAUAGUCAGCUAUAAACUAGGAACGUUGACUAUGUAAACUUUAGUAUUUGUUAAACAGACACAUUUUUUUGGAUUACCAAAUGAGUUUUUGGGGGGUGCUUUUUGGGGAUUUCCUUUGUAUGUGAAAUGUUUAAGUGAAUGUAUUUGUGAUAAGUUAUUAUAAGUAAAGAACAA